AGUGGAUCUGCAGGCAGUGACCUGUAAGAGCGGCACCUCUGUCCACUUCGGGGUUCUGCAGUCUUCAACUAGGAAGUACAGUUUCUUGCACUUGAACCAUGGCUCUAUACAGAAUGAAUUUCAACGUAUGAUCUCGUUAGUUUGAAUGAGCUACCGCAGUUCUUCGAGGUGCAAAAACGACUAGAGCGAACAUGGCCAGCGGGGACGAAGCGGAAACGAGGCCCAUGAGGACGCACGUCCGGGACUUCCAGUGUGGUCUCGGUUCUUGGCGUCCCAAGUGGUUGCAGACGUUCGCGUCAGCGAGGUGUCUUUUCUUCUUCCUCAAUGUGCUGGCGAUGUGUCAGUCGGCCUACAAGGCCUACACCAUGGGAGCCCUGUCGACGUUGGAGCGCCGCUUCAGCCUGUCCACCAAGUCUAUCGCUGUCAUCCUCGUAGCCGAAAGCAUCAGCCCCAUAUUCCUGGACAUUCCGCUGGGUUACGUCGCCAGCUGGAUCAGCCGACCGAAGCUACUCUCCCUGGGCAUGAUGGUGGUCGGGUGCAGUUCCUUGGCCGUGGCCCUGCCCUACGUCAUCUUCGGGCCCGCGACCCAUUUGCUCGCUGACGAAGGUGAGCGCAGACAGCCGAUGGACUUUGCGAGCCUCGAGUUCUGCGGAGGUGGUGGUGGCGGUAUGGCUGUGAAGAUGAGUCCCGACUGCACGACGCAGGCAACGGAGAGUUACUUACCGUUCAUCAUCCUUUUCGUGGCGUCCUUCUUGAACGGCUUCGGUCAGAGCGUCCUCCAUGUCGCCGGGAGCAGCUACAUUGACGACAGCGUCAAGAAACAGAGUUCACCGUUGUACUUCGGGGCAAGCUUCUCUCUCAGAUCCAUUGGACCUGCACUGGGUUUCCUUGGCGCUAGUGUGAGCCUGUCUCUCUAUGAGGACCCCUUCCUGAAUCCCGACAUCCCGACGACCGACCCGCGAUGGAUAGGCUGCUGGUGGCUGGGCUACGUGUUCUGGGGAUGCCUGCUGCUCCUGGCCAGCGUACCGGUGCUGCUGUUCCCCAAGGUGAUGCCAGCCCGGUUGCCAGACCCGCCGCUGGUGUUCAAGAAACGAGCCGAUUCAAGCCACCUUUCAGAGAUCAGCAAGUCGCUUACCCGGCUGCUGCGCAAGCGUGUCUACGUUCUCCAGCUGUUCGUGUCGAUGCUGAUGGUGAGCGGUAUGCAGGGCUACACCAUGUUCUCGGCCAAGUACAUGGAGGUGCAGUUUCGAAACUCGGCUGCCAGAGCCAGCGCAUUCGCUGGAUUGAUAUCCUCCGUGUUCAACAUCACGAGUUUCCUGGUCUCCGGUCUGGUGAUCCACCGCCUGAGGCCGUCGCCCCGAGUUCUGGCCUGGUACAACGUGGUCGUCACCUUCGUUGUCUCCUGCGGCUUUGCUGUGGCCAUGCUCAUCAAGUGUGACUACGGCACCAUGCCUGGAGUUUCACUCAUCAAUGGAAAGCUCGACCUGUACAACAAGUGCAACGACCAGUGCGACUGCACUCUGCAGAGCUACCAGCCUGUGUGCGAGCCUGUCGGGGGUACCAUGUACUUUUCGCCAUGCUUUGCCGGCUGCCAAAUGCCGGCCGGCGAGUUCGGAGCCAACCUGACUAAGCUCACCAACUGCGACUGCCUGAAAACGUUCGACGACAGUGACUUCUUCUCGGGCAACGCCGUGGUAGGCUUCUGCAAGGGAACCUGCCCCAUGUUUGUGCAGUUCAUCAUUCUUAUCUCGCUCACGCACUUCAUGAGCGUCUCGACAUCUGUGAGCCACACGCUCUUUAUGCUUCGGAGCAUAAGUCCGAGUGACAAGACCAUCGCGCUUGGACUGGCAAAUGCACUGGCGAACCUGCUGUCGUACAUCCCUUACCCGCUUGUCUACGGUGCCGUGAUCGACGGGUCCUGCCUGGUGUGGGAGAGCGCCUGCGGUACCAGCGGCAACUGCUGGCUCUACGACCUAGCACAGCUGCGGCACUCCUACUUGGGCACGUCGGCCGGCUUGCUCUUCGUGUCGGGACUCUUUUCAGUCGCGGUCGCGGCUGUGGUGGGAGACAUCAGGGACUUCUACGGGGACGCCUACCUACAGGUUUCAAGCCUCGGCGCGGCGGAGUUCGAGCCUCCGAAGAACGGCUUCACGAAACACAAGAAAGCGGAAGUCAAGCAGGGACAGAAGGGACCGAUACGUAACUGAUGGUCGCGACGUCUUCUGUGGGAAGGUCCCCGCCGACUGUGGAAAUACAGCACGUGGGGUUCACUUCUAAUGCCGUGACAUGACUGGAGAUCACGUGAACUGCCUCGAAGAUUCCUUUUGUGUCAAUCUGACGUCAGCAUUUGUUGAUGUACAGUGCUUAUAGCUGGUUGACUGUGCGCGUCAGGACGGUGUAGAGGACUUUCCGGUGACGACGCCCAUACUGUGAACAUUCACGAACUUCCCGCCCUUUCAACCUGACGCGGAUGCUCGCGCGCUGGCUCCGCAUCCCAUUGAUAUUUCGCUCAUCGUACUGCCACUGAUAUCGCAGGCACUUAUCACUAAAGUGCAUGCGCGGUAAUACUGCACGUGCACGUCACACUGGCGCGUCAAACAGCUGGAAAAUGGAAAGCUCGACCACUGCGGCGAUGUAACAGUUGCUUCUUAGGCAUUUUGCAUUAUGUCUCACCGGUGUGGUCAUAGGCUUUAGCGAUGACAUUGGUGAUGCUUGCAUCA